AUGCUACAUUAUCCUGAAAGCUUUGAUGGUAUUGGUGUUGUUGACCAAGCCGAUUGGAAACACCCAAAGAGAGUUGUUUUCCAGCCAAAGAAGUUUGACGACUAUGACAUCGACGUGAAGAUUGAGUGCUGUGGUGUCUGUGGUUCUGACAUUCAUACAGCAUCUGGUCACUGGGGUGACAUUCCAAAACCAGUUGUUGUGGGUCAUGAAAUUAUUGGUACAGUAGUCAGAAAGGGUCCAAAAUGUGGCCCUGAAAUUGAAAUAGGUGAUCGUGUCGGAGUUGGUGCUCAAUGUUAUUCGUGUCUAACAUGUGACCGUUGUAAGCACAACAACGAACCAUAUUGUGAAAACCUGGUUCUAACAUAUGGUUACUCAUAUGCAGAUGGGUACAAUUCCAAAGGUGGUUACGCUUCCCACGUCAGGGUCCAUGAACAUUUCGUCGUUCCAAUUCCUGAAAACAUCCCAUCUGAGCUGGCAGGCCCAUUACUAUGUGGUGGUAUCACCGUUUUCAGUCCAUUGAUCCGCAACGGUUGUGGUCCAGGUAAGAAAGUCGGUAUCCUAGGUAUUGGUGGGAUCGGACACAUGGGAUUGAUAUUUGCUAAAGCACUAGGUGCUGAGGUUUAUGCCAUCUCCCGUACUUCGAGUAAAAAAGAGGACGCGUUUAAAUUAGGCGCUGACCAUUUCAUUGCCACAAAGGAAGAACCAGAUUGGGCAGAAAAGUAUUACGACACUUUAGAUUUAGUUGUGGUUUGUGCAGGUUCUUUAAAGGAUGUCGAUUUUGAACGUUUGCCUAAAAUCAUGCAAGUCGGUGGUAGGAUUGUAUCCAUUUCCGUCCCUGAAAAAACUGAACAAAUAGUGUUAAAGCCAUUUGGUCUGAUGGGUGUAUCUAUUUCCAACAGUCAUCUGGGUUCUCUUAAGGAAAUCAAACAAUUACUGAAACUUGUGUCGGAGAAGAACCUUAAGAUUUGGAUCGAAACUGUCCCUAUCAGCGAAGCAAACGUCAACAAAGUGUUCGAAAGAAUGGAAAAGGGUGAUGUAAGAUACAGGUUUGUACUUACUGACUACGAUAAGGAAUUUAACUAG